GCCAUUUUGUGUCGUCCGUUUUAUGAAUCAUAAAAAGACACUGAAGGUCGAGAAUAUGAUUAUACUUUAUUUGGAAUACCUCCGUGUAAAAACGAGGCCCGAAAGAAUCAAGUUCUGUCGAAAGCAGCCCUCUGUCUAAAAUCGCACUCAUGUUUAUCUACAGAGGAGACAUUCAUGAAAUGCAACCAUCCGCCAUUACUUCCAGCUUUAUCUCUCAGCUUAACCAAUCACAGCAUCUGGCGACGGCGCGUCAGCAGGGACUCAUCCAAUCGGCGCUUCUGUCGAACGAGAGAGCGUAGCUGUGCAAAGAUGGCGGCGGGCUCCGAUUGCCUGGAUGAUGUUUUCAACACAGAGGUGGACGAAAAAGUAGUUAGUGAUCUAGUUGGUUCUCUAGAGUCAGAACUCACAGGAGCGGGUGAAACGAGCGCUACUGCCAGUUUACAGUCCACAAAAAAACAGGUCGGAAACUCUGCUGCAGCAGCAAACUCCAAUGUCCAGUCCAGCAGAAUUCCACAAGAGCUCGCAAAAACAGGGGUGCAAGGAGGUGUCAUCAGCAGCGGUUCACCCAUGGAUGGAGCAGGCGGAACCACAGCGGCCGCGGUAUCGGGUAUGACAGCCCGUCCGAAUCCAACCAAGACCAGCGCCGUCAGUGAUGCUGCUACGGUCACCACCGAUCCAGCGAUCGGUGCACCAGCAGCGAUCGCUGUCAAAACUUUGAAUGGAAGUAACUUGGUGACAAUCUCGCAUAUUCCUGGAGGCGUGCCCUGUGUGCCUAAAGGAAAUGCGCUUCUGUCCACUACUGCGAACACUAAUAAUCCGACAUAUUUACCCAGUGCGCAUAAUGUUGUCGCUUCGACGGUGAUCGCCCCUCAGUCCUCUACGAGCAGUGUGCCCACAGUGACACUGGUGAGGCCACCUAUGCAAACUCCCUCGGUUUCCUCUCAGGGGGCAGUCAUCUCCACUUCAACAGUGGCCAGUGUCACCAGCACUCAAGGUCCUGGUGCUGUGAUCAACACAUUAGAGUCACCCAAAACCAUCAUACAGACCACGGCGCCGAUAUCCAUGGUAUCCGCUGUGCCGACGGGAGCAACCGUAGCUGUCAAAAGCCCGACCGUUCUGCAGAACGUGCGGACGUCGGUGCCGUCCCCCAUCAACGCAGCGCCCGGGUCAGCUGCGGUACGGACCAUCGCUGCUCAGGUGCUGGCCCCACGGAUUGGACAGCAACAACCCAACGCCCCAAACGUCCAGAACAUUCAACUGCCGCCAGGCAUGGUGCUGGUGCGUAGUGAGAGCGGGCAGCUCCUGAUGAUCCACCACCAGACCCUGGCCCAGAUGCAGGCCCAGUCCCAGUCCCAGAGUGCCAUGACGCCGCGCCCCGCCACCCCCACCAGCACUCCAUCGGUCCAGCUAGCCUCUUUACAGGCUCCCGGGGGCUCCCUGUUGGCUCGCCAGGUGACCCAAAACAAUCUGAUCAAACAGGGCCUUGGUGUCCAGACCAGUGUCCAGGCCACCACCACGCUCCAGAGGCCGCCCGUCCUGCAGAACACCGUCAUGCUGGGAGGGAGUGCUUCGACCCCGGGGCAGCCACUGGGCACCGCCACCACGGGGCAGCCCGGCUCUGCUGCCCCCGCCGUCACCCAGAGGAUAGGCCCCGCUGGGGCCCCCCCGGUCCCUACUCCCAUCUCCGCGGAAACACUGGAGAACGUGAAAAAGUGUCGGAACUUCCUGUCCACUCUGAUCAAGCUGGCCUCUAGCGGGAAGCAGACCCCCGAGACCACGGCCAAUGUCAAGGAGCUGGUGAAGAACCUGCUGGAGGGGAAGAUUGAGCCAGAGGCCUUCACCAGUAGGUUGUAUGAGGAGCUCAACUCUUCACCACAGCCCUACCUUGUGCCUUUCCUCAAGAGGAGUCUACCAGCGCUGCGUCAGAUGACUUCGGACUCCACCGCCUUCAUCCACCAGAGCCAGCUCCCCCUGCCCUGCACUCAGCCCUCCUCCACCUCCGCCGCCCUCACCGCCAUGGUGCUGCGACCCCCUCUCUCCACCACAACCACCGCCUCCACCAGAACCCCCGUCGUCACCCUUACCCAGUCGCCCCACUGCAAGGCAGGCUCGAUCGCACCCCAGCAGCAGGGGGCGACGGUGAGGCCCCAGGUGACUUUGGCUCAGCCCUCCUUGGUUGCGCUCAGAGGACAACCCCAGCCUCGCAUCAUCAUGAGCCAGCCACAAGUAGUCAAACAGCUGCAAGGUUCAGUGCCAGUGGUCAAGCAGCCCCUGGCUUCAGGGACCAGGGGCGUGCUCUCCGCCCACUCUGCCUUAACAGCAGCUCAGAGGAACAAACUGAAGGAAGGAGGUGGAGGAACCUACAGGGAUGACGAUGACAUCAACGACGUGGCCUCCAUGGCGGGAGUUGACUUAUCAGAGGAGAGCGCCCGUAUCCUAGCAACCAACUCGGACCUUGUCGGCACCGUUACCCGGUCGUGUAAGGACCAGCCCUUCCUCACCACCACCCUGCUGACCCGGAGAGUCCUGGAGAUGGGGAGGAAGUUUGGUGUCUGUGACCUGGGCCAAGAGGUCAUCAACUACAUCUCUCACGCGACCAAGCAGCGACUGCAGAAUCUGCUGGAAAAAGUGUCGGAAGUGGCGCAGCAGAAAAACCUAACUUUCAAGGAAGAUGAACGGUUUGAGCAGGUCACCGAUGUGCGAACGCAGCUCAAAUUCUUUGAGCAGUUGGACCAGAUGGAGAAGCAAAGGAAAGAAGAGCAGGAGAGAGAAAUCCUGAUGAAGGCCGCUAAGUCUCGGUCGCGACAAGAAGAUCCCGAGCAGCUCAGACUGAAGCAAAAGGCCAAAGAGAUGCAACAGCAGGAGCUGGCGCAGAUCCGGCAGCGGGAGGCCAACCUCACGGCACUGGCAGCCAUCGGGCCCAGGAAGAAACGCAAAAUGGGCUCGCCAGCCAACGGCGCCGUCGCAGAGGGCUCGGGGUCCGGUGCCGCUCAGCCAGGUGGGUCAAACGGAGGAGGGUCCAGGCAAUUCACACGCCAGCGCAUCACCAGGGUCAACCUCAGGGACCUGCUCUUCUGCCUGGAGAACGAGAGGGAAUCCGGCCACUCACACCUGCUCUAUAAAGGCCUGCUCAAGUAGCACACACACACACUCACACUCAGACACACAGGUGUACAUUAAACACAAAAAGAUGGCAAUAAUCAACCUUCCCUCCUGAAUGAGGGAAUAAAGGUUGAACGGCGCAUGGAGCAGAGCAUCAGAGUGUUUCCCCCCAAUGUCGGCUCCAACAACCUCUUAAACUACAGCCCCCUUCCAGCUCCGGGGAAGAACAGUUAAGACUGUGGCAGGAAACAGACUCUGCUCUGUGAUACUUGUGCCUACUGACAAACUGCUCCAGUACACACCGGUUCCAGCGCCCCGCCCUCGUACACAGCUGCCUUGCUGCCUGAACUCCAGUGCGGUGCGUACAUGUGACCGUUGGAAAACGCAGCAUCCAAAACACCAGAACCAUUGCUGGGAUGGCAAAGUAAAACAAAAUGAUCCAAAAAUAUAACACAUUAUUACGUCCCUAUUGACCUCGUGACGGAUUGAGGUUGGGCUUUUUUAACUUCAUGGCUGAAGAUUAUUUAACAUGUUCCCCUGACACUCCUUUUGUUGACCCGAUUUUGAAUUGUUCAGAGGUUAUUCGUUGAUGGACAUUUGUUUUUUAUAUGUCUGUGGUUUUUACAUUUCCUGCCUUCUUCCCAAAUUUAAGCCAUAACGCAUUGUAACGAUUGGAUCAAAGUUUCUUGCUCCAUAUUACUUUUAAUGUUCUUGUUGGAUUUGUAGGAUGCGAGCAAUGCAGUAUUGUUAUAUUUGUAUUAGUGCUGUCAAGCGAUUCAAAUAUUUAAUCGCGAUUAAUCGCAUUAAUGCCAUAGUUAACUCAGGAUUAAUCGCGAUUAAUCGCAAAA